CUCUUCCCCUCUGCCCUCUCCUCCCUUCCCCUCUCCCCCCUGCUCUCUGCCCUCUCCUCUCUCCUCCCUUCCCCUCUGCCCUCCUCCCUUCCCCUCUGCCCUCCUCCCUUCCCCUCUGCCCUCUCCUCCCUUCCCCUCUGCCCUCUCCUCCCUUCCCCUCUGCCCUCUCCUCCCUUCCCCUCUCCCCUCCUCCCUUCCCCUCUGCCCUCUCCUCCCUUCCCCUCUCCUCUCUCCUCCCUUCCCCUCUGCCCUCCUCCCUUCCCCUCUGCCCUCUCCUCCCUUCCCCUCUGCCCUCUCCUCCCUUCCCCUCUGCCCUCUCCUCCCUUCCCCUCUCCCCUCCUCCCUUCCCCUCUCCCCUCUCCUCCCUUCCCCUCUGCCCUCUCCUCCCUUCCCCUCUCCCCUCUCCUCACUUCCCCUCUCCCCCCUGCCCUCUGCCCUUCUUCCGCAGAGCCCUUUGUGCCUUAGCGCUUCACUUUCUCUCUUCCUGACAAGACCCUCUUAGGUGAGGUGACACACUCGUUUCUUUAGUCCUUAAGAGGACCGCCACUCUCUGUGCCAAUUUCCACAGAAAACUUGGUUUCUCUUGCACCCAACUACCCUUUGAGUUGUCUGCCUCACUUUGCUACACCCUUUCUCCUUAAUUUUGCCCCGCUGCUCUUUACAGGGAAACCCUGGUGGCUUAGUGGCUUAGUGAUAUGGCUACUAACCAAAAGGUUGGCAGUUUGAACCCACCAGGCGCUCCUUGGAAACUCUAUGGUGGGGUUCUACUCUGUCCUAUAGGGUCCCUGAGUCGGAAUCAAUUUGAUGACAACAGGUUUGGGUUUGGUUUGGACUUUCCGGCCCCAGUGCCUCCUGUUCUCACAGGGGUGAUGGUUUCUUCUGACACAGGACUCGUGGGGGCUAGGUAUACAGUGGUGCCCAUGUAUACACGGCAUGUAGCUGGAUUACACAGUUGAGGGGCCUCCCUGCACCUCAUGUCUUCAGGAUGGCAACACAAGAUCUUCACUGUUUUCUCAACGUCUUUUUAUUGCUUUCCCAAGGUUUCGUACAAGUUCUAAAGUCACGUUUGGUCAAAUGUCGCGUAUAGAUCAGGAGGAGGCCACAUAGAGGGAUUUUCCUCAUGGAGUCACGUGGCAUGUACUUUUUUAGUUUGAAUAUGUUGCUGUUUAUCUUCCAGAGUGAUUUUUCUCCCUCUCCUCCUGCUGCAAUGCCGUCUUUCCUGAGCUGAGACAUCGCUCUUGUCUGCGUUUUGUGUUGCUCUCUUAUCUGUCUCCGGCUGCAGUUGCCAUUUUGAUGACACCUUGGGAGAUGCACCUGAUUGCUUUUCUUGCUGCAUGUGACUCUGCUGGGGCCGGGCUGCGUCUUCUGCCUUAGCCAGAGUCUGUCAGCGAGUGGGUACAAAACAGCCGCCGAGAAACUCCUCUGUGCGCCUUGGGUUCUGGUCAGGUGUGAGGCGUUAGGAAGUACUGCCUCGGGGAGAGAAGCAGAGGGAUGAAGAGGCUUUUACUAAGUGAGUUUCAAACUUAGUAAAAGAGGAUGAGGACAAGAUCCCGUUAUCUCCAGGUUGAACCCCAGCCAUCUAGCAAAGGCAUCGCAUCUGGACUCAGCUGUUUGCUCUUUAUGGACACUAUCAGUUAUUCUGGUAUCUGACCCAACAGUAAAUAAGUAUAGACUUCACAAAGGAAAGUAAAAAUGGCGUGGGAGCAGUGUCUGACCUUCAACCCCACAAGGUGGAAGGAGGACCAAGAUCGACAGCACAAGGCUGACCCCCAUGAGGUGGAGGCCAGACAAGCCCCGUUUCCACCAUCUUUACUAAUUCUGACACCAGCUGUCCCUCACACAGCACUCUCUACUUCUCUGCUGGGUUCAAUAAUUCGUUGCAACAGCCCCACAGAACUCACAGACCAUACUCAAGAUUAUAGUGUUAUUAGGGAAGUAACAGUUACAAUUCAGGCUCGGGAACACUCACGGAUAUAGUUCUUCCGUCAGGAUAGCCUCUUCCCAGCCCAGCUUUUAGGCACACCUCUCCCUGGGCCUAGGCCUCUGCCCAGAGGCGCUCAGCUUUCUCUCUCCAUGGGCUGGGAAGCCUGCCACACCGUCUCCUGCUGCCGGGUAUUUCCUGCCACCUCUUCUCACCGUCUUCAGGGUUAGAGCUUUCUCUCUCUGUCUCCUGCUUUCAGGAACUUCUCAGCGCAUGAAUCCUGGGUCCAAAGGAUGCACUCUCUGUUCCUGGCUGUCUGUCCUUGGUGGCGAUAGGAUUCCUCUCUUUGCUCUGGAAUUGGCUCUCUUUUAAGGCGGAACUAACCAAUCCCCUUGGUAGGCUACAAUUACCCUGUCACACAGUCCCACCCAGUCACUUGGGUGGGAGUUACAAGACCAUGGCUGGAAAGGCUACACGCAAAAGUAAUUAAUCCACCGCACUAAUACACUUUUCUUUUGGACAGAUCUCAAGGCCAGAGAAUGGCAGGUGAACAGAAACCCUCAAGUAACCUCCUGGAACAGUUUAUUUUACUAGCCAAAGGUACCAGUGGCUCAGCCCUUACUGCUCUCAUAAGCCAAGUCUUGGAGGCGCCUGGAGUGUAUGUCUUUGGAGAACUGCUGGAGCUGGCUAACGUGCAGGAGCUCGCAGAAGGAGCUAAUGCUGCUUAUUUGCAGCUGCUGAACCUGUUUGCCUAUGGAACAUACCCAGAUUACAUAGCCAACAAGGAGAGCCUGCCAGAACUGAGCACAGCUCAGCAGAACAAGCUGAAGCAUCUCACCAUCGUGAGCUUGGCCUCCAGGAUGAAGUGUAUCCCCUACUCCGUGCUGCUGAAGGACCUGGAGAUGCGGAAUCUCCGGGAGCUAGAAGACCUCAUCAUCGAGGCUGUCUACACUGACAUCAUCCAGGGCAAGCUGGACCAGCGAAACCAGCUGCUGGAAGUGGAUUUCUGCAUUGGCCGUGAUAUCCGCAAGAAGGACAUCAACAACAUCGUCAAGACCCUGCACGAGUGGUGUGAUGGCUGUGAAGCAGUUCUGCUGGGCAUCGAGCAGCAAGUACUGAGAGCCAACCAGUACAAAGAGAACCACAACCGCACACAGCAGCAGGUGGAGACAGAGAGGCUGACGAGGGAGCGCUGUCUCGUGAAUUUGGCGAGUGGGAGUUUUCCUUGGUUACCAACAUCAAGAAGACACUCAAAGCCACUGCGUCCUCUUCAGCUCAGGAGAUGGAGCAACAGUUGGCUGAACGGGAGUGUCCCCCUCAUGCUGAGCAGAGGCAGCCCACCAAGAAGAUGUCUAAAGUCAAAGGUCUGGUCUCUAGCCGCCACUAGGGCUGGCUGGGGCAGCUGGCACUCACCAGGCCUGGGUCAGGUGGGGAAGGGACACUGAGGGCCUAUUUCCUCCCCUCUCUACCUUCAGUGAGUUCCAGACCUGCCCGUGCCCUCACCAGCGCCUCCCCCCUGUUGGUACUGUUUCAGAAACACCAUGACUCCUUUCCCUUCCCCACUUCCUCAUUUCCCUCUUUGUUCCCUUCAGACUCAGGGGCUCCACUGAUGCCAUCCUGCAGGGUCAGACACUGCCCAGCUUCCCUUGAGGAGGUUCUUACCUCUGUUCAAGGGUUUGCUCCCUCCAAGUUUCCCUUUUGCUCCAUGCAGUGGUCAUGUCAUUUUGCCAGGCUGGUCCUAAGCUGGAGGCAGCUUUACCUGGCCUACAGGGAUGACUGAAGGUGGCCUCUCUGAUGAGGAGGGAGGUGGGCCUUUUCCAGCUCCAUGUACCACAGAACCCACAAUGGUGCAGGCCAUCUCUAGCCAGGUAUCAAAUGCUUUGUGUCCCUUUUCCUGCCUCACCCCUGGUUGGCAGCUCUGAUUCAGGCCAUGGAGGGAUGUGACGCUGGGCUAUGUUUACUAAACCUGCGGGUUUGCAGCCUCUUAAGCCCAGCUCCAGUCUCAUUAGUUGGGAGUGCUGGUCUGACUAACCUCUGGUAUCUGAGCACAAACAGAGGGUGCUGUGGGUCUGCUGAGUGGCAGAAGUGGUUUCUUCCAGCUUGAUGUUCUCUGCUGGCCGCUCUUCCUGCUGCCUGUGACUACAGACUUGUUUUCGGUGUGCAGGCCCCAGUAGCACAUGGGGCCAUCUGCCAGCAUGAGCUCUUACCAGACCUGUGACCUCCCAGCUGUGCCAGCGGUGGGCACGGUGGUGCCGAGGCCCCUCUGUCUGGCGAAGGACCUGUUGCUGCUUCUGUCUCUUCUUUCUGCCCCUCCUUGGCUGGUGACCCAGAGCCCUCUGAUGAUGGCACUCUCCUGGCAAGAGAAAAGGACUUGACUAGCCUUUCUGAACUUGAACAGUUGCAGGUUAUAUUUUAAUUUUUUUUGUACAGGUUCUGAUUCUAAUACAUUUCAAUGUGCGUUUUUUUC